GAACUGCCAUGCGCCUGUCUGUCUUUUGUCCGCUGUGCAUGCAUUAGGUAUUUCUCUUUCUCUUCUCUUCUUCUAUUUUAUUCUACAUCUACGGAGUAGCAUUUAUCAUGCCUCCCCCCUCGGAUCAACGUCAUAAUGUCGACCCCCCGGAGGAGAUCACCUCCGAGGCCGUCCGCGGCUUCUUGACCGGUGCUUUUCGGUUCGGCUCCGUCUCCAUCCUGGCGCAUAUGAUCAUGAUUCUCCCUCAUCCUUUCAAGUUCUCGUCGCCCUCGUCGGCCCCCGUCCCAUCGCAGUCCCCGUCGCAACCUCCGCCCAAGCAAUCGCCCUUUUCGAAAGAGUUCAUUCGAUCGCGACUCUUCUAUCGCCCGUUAGAGGGUUUCUCCGAGUGGCUGUCCCCCGCUUCGAAAAUCUACCGCGGCUUGACGCCCCAAUUCAAAGUGUUUCUCCACAUCGGGGCCAUGACGCUGGGUGGAUGUAUCUGGGCGGAGCGCCGAGUCGAUGAAUAUAUUAAGUAUAUUCGCAAGGUCAAACGGCUCGAAAAACUACAAGCGGAGAGAGCCGCGCGGGGACUGGAGUAAGCAAGCGGUAGUCUAGGCAUAGAUGGGAUGCCGACAAGGUUGAUUUCCGAGUUGAGGAUUUAUAGUUCCAACAUCAAACAACGGACCCAGUUGUCUCAAGUCAUUCUUAAUGUCAGUGGUUUGUGAGAGGCAAAAAUACCGGGAAGCUGUCGGUCGGGGCUUUGUCUCGCUUUGCUAAAAGUAUGUCCGGAGAGGCUGAGUCCAUCUUCUUUCGCUCCCUCAGGAUUUUACCCGGCUAGCUCGGGCGUCUGAGGUUCUCCACUGAUCUCAACCCCCGUGUUUGAAGGGUUCAGACGAAACACGACGAUAGCCCAGUCUGGAACGUACUGGAUACCCUUCGGGCCAGGUUCGGGCUGUGGACAAGCCCGUUGG